GUGGAGGGCAGUGUUACAAAAGUAGUAUUAAGUUGUAUUUGUAUUGCUAUAUGCAUCCAUUAUUAUGAACAAUAGCUGUAGGUAUAUGGAAUAGCAUUUGUCUUAUUGUAGACAUCUGGCGCCGCGGCUGUUUGUUUGUCGAAGCAAUAGCUACAUCUGGCGCCGUAUAGCAGUAUGUUCUGGUGGUUUCUAGACGCAAUAUUCUAGAAGGACACACCGGCAUCUAGCGACAUCUGGCGCCGUAUAGCAGUAUGUUCUGGUGGUUUCUAGACGCAAUAUUCUAGAAGGACACAUCGACAUCUAGCGAGAAGUGCGUGGCUAUAUAAGCCGUGGCAGCGCCAACGUAAUCAAUCAGUGCUAAGAGUAAACUGCUAUAGUGUAGACGAGUUGUGAAAUAAAGAGUUGUUGAAUUAAAUUAAACAGUGUUGAUUUUAUUUGUCAAUCCAGAGAUACGAACCUAGCAAAGUAAACUAGCAAGAGUAAAUUCGUAACACUAUAUAUAUAAAAGAAAGUCGUGUUAGUUACAUCACUUAUAACUCAAGAACGGCAGAACAGAUUUGGCUGAAAAUUGGUAGGGAGGUAGCUUAGAGCCAGGAGACGGACAUAGGAUACUUUUUAUCCCGUUCGACAGCGUUCCUCUGUGACUUGACAUGAAACGUCAGUCACUAUAAAACGUGGUAUAACAAUAACAAAAAAGAAUCAGACUUGGAAUAACAAAACGCAAAUGACAGCUAUGUAAUGAUGUAUGGAUGACAAUUUGAUAUUUGUAAGAAAAAUCAAUAUUAAAACUAUUUCUAUUAAAGUGAAGUGAAGUUUAAUUAAUAAUGCCGCGACCAAGACGAUCGAAUCUUUCCCGACAAAGCCGUAUUGCAAGAAGAAUACAAAAUACUGCAAAUGAAAGGACUGAAGAAGAACAAGAAAUUGCACGUGAACAGCGCCGCAAUAGUAUGGCUCGACUUCGUGCUUCUCAAUCACGAGAGCAAAGUGAAGCAGCCCGUGAAACAGCUCGGUUGGCAAUGCAGAAUCGUCGAGCGAACAACAGAAGUCAACAAAUAGAUAAUUUGCGACGCAGAACAAGAUAUUUAGCUGAUUUGAAUCGAGCUGCGUUUCGAUACGAUUGCAGCAAUGAUUACAGCUUGCAUCCUAGCGUUUGCAUUGGACAAAUGGACGUUGUUUGCGAGUAUUGUGGUGCAUUAAAGUUUUCCGGAGAAACGCCUGGAUUAUGCUGUGUUAAUGGUAAAGUGAAAUUGCCAGUGUUGACUCCGCCACAUGAGCCAUUGUAUUCAUUGCUUUGCGGCGAAACACAAGAAUCACGCCACUUUCUUGCAAAUACUCGAAAAUACAAUAGUUGUUUCCAAAUGACGUCAUUUGGGGCAGACAUUAUCGAAGAAGGAGGUUUUAAUCCGACAUUUAAGAUACAAGGACAGAUUCACCAUCGAAUUAGAUCAUUACUACCUUUCGAAGAUACACAGAAUAAAUUUUUACAAAUAUAUUUCAUGGGCAACAUGGAAUAACAACUUGAUCGACGCCUAGGGAUCAAUGCAGGAAUGAAGCGAGCAAUUCUUCAAGACUUGCAGUGUCUGCUUCAUGAACAUCAUGCGUUGGUCAGGUUGUUUAAGAGUGCUUUAGAGCGCAUGCCAAAUGAUGACUAUAAAGUUGUCAUCAAAGCAGAUAAACGACCAUCUGGAACACACGAACGCACAUUUAAUGCUCCAACAGUAGACGAAGUUGCCAUCCUGAUUGUUGGCGAACAAUUGGAAAAACGCGAUAUUGUGCUUACACGUCGCGAUACUGGGCAACUGCAACAAAUAUCGGAAACUCAUCGAUCAUAUGACGCAUUGCAAUACCCACUGAUGUUUUGGCAAGGAGAAGAUGGAUAUUAUUUUAAUAUUAAAAUGAUAAAUCCAUUGAAUGGUAAAGUAUCAGUAUCUUAAUAAUGGUUAAUGUCUGUAUUAUUUGCCUUUGAAAUGGUUAAUUAUCAAAUUUUUAAUUUCAGGUGAAGAAACUACAAAGAAAGUUAGCUCAAUGAAUUAUUAUGCAUAUCGUUUGAUGAUUCGUCAAAAUGCUGACAACUAUUUGCUGCGGUUUCGUUGAUUGUUUCAGCAGUAUUGCGUUGACAUGUAUGUAAAAAUAGAAACGGAACGUUUAACAUUUAUUAGGUUGAACCAAGCCAAACUGCGUUCUGAGGAGUACAUCCAUUUACGUGAUGCAGUUAGUACUGAAGGAAAUGCAGCUAAUAUUGGUCGAUUAACUAUUCUGCCGGCGACGUACAUUGGUAGCCCACGUCAUAUGCAUGAAUAUGCACAAGAUGCAAUGACAUAUGUUCGUCAUUACGGCCGGCCAGAUCUCUUUAUUACUUUUACCUGUAAUCCAAAAUGGAUAGAAAUUACUCAAUUGCUGCUUCCCGGACAAACAUCAAAUGAUCAUCACAGCACGUAUAUUCAGGCAAAAAAUUCGGUCCUUGAUGAACUUUAUUGUUAAACAACGCGUCUUUGGAGAUACUCGAUGCUGGAUGUAUUCAAUCGAAUGGCAAAAGCGAGGCCUGCCGCACGCACACAUUCUUAUUUGGUUAGUGGAAAGAAUUCAGCCUGACCAAAUAGAUGAUAUCAUAUGUGCCGAGAUUCCUGAUCAUGAAGUCGAUCCAGACCUACAUGAUGUUGUUACUACUAAUAUGAUUCAUGGACCGUGUGGUGCCAUCAACCCCCAAUCACCUUGCAUGGUCGAUGGAAAGUGCUCUAAACGAUAUCCACGGAAAUUAACGGCGGAGACUGUCACUGGCAACGAUGGGUAUCCGCUGUAUCGGCGUCGAUCACCAGAUGACAACGGUCGAACUGUCACAACGAAAGUGAAAAGAAUGGAUUUCGUUGUCGACAACAGUUGGAUUGUUCCAUAUUCGCCACUUAUUUCUAAAACGUUCAAGACACAUUGCAACGUUGAAUACUGCAAUUCAGUUAAGUCCAUAAAAUAUAUUUGCAAAUAUGUCACGAAAGGCAGUGAUAUGGCGGUUUUUGGAUUGCAAUCCUCGAAUACCAACGAUGAAAUUUCACGCUAUCAAGUUGGUCGUUAUGUGAACUGUAAUGAAGCGAUUUGGCGUAUAUUCGCAUUUCCCAUUCACGAACGUCAUCCUACUGUUAUACAUUUGGCGGUGCAUCUAGAGAAUGGUCAACGAGUAUAUUUCACGGCUUCGAAUGCUACGCAACGUGCUGAAACACCUCCAGCAACUACAUUGACCAGUUUUUUUGCAAUCUGCCAAAGCGAUCAGUUUGCACGAACUUUGCUUUACUCGGAGAUGCCACGUUAUUAUACUUGGAAUGCUUCAUCCAAGAAUUUUCAAAGACGGAAGCAAGGUGAUGCGGUUUCUGGGUAUCCAUAUGUGCGUUCUACUGAUGCUCUUGGUCGUAUGUAUACAGUUCAUCCAAAGAAUGAUGAAUGUUUCUAUUUGCGGUUGUUGCUGGUAAAUGUGCGUGGGCCAACUUCAUUUGAGACACUACGAACUGUUAAUGGUGUAAUAUUCCCAACAUAUCGUGCUGCAUGUGAAGAAUUGAACUUAUUAGAAAACGAUACCCAUUGGGAUACGACAAUCGCUGAAGCCAUUAUCUCUGCAUCUCCAAGUCAGAUACGCACAUUAUUCGCUAUCAUAAUUUCGACAUGUUUUCCAUCAAACCCAUGUAACCUGUGGCACAAAUACAAGGAUAGUAUGUCAGAAGAUAUUUUACAUCAAAGUCGUGUCAGUUCCAGAAAUCACGAUAUUGAGAUGAAUGAGGAGAUACAUAAUCGUGCUUUACUCUUGAUCGAAGAUAUGUGUUACCUCAUGUGCGGUAAUUUAUUAAUCAGGUUAGGAAUGCCAGCGCCAAAUCGUGAAAUGAAUGACGCAUUUAAUCGAGAAUUGGAACGGGAACGUGAAUAUGAUCACCAGGAAUUAGAUUUAGUAGUUCAAAGGAAUGUACCCCUGUUGAAUUACCAACAAAAGGAAGUUUAUGAUACUUUAAUGAAGGCAAUCGCUGAUGAAAAUGGGGGUUUAUAUUUCCUAGAUGCCCCUGGUGGAACUGGCAAGACAUUCCUUAUGUCAUUAGUUUUAGCAACUGUUCGGGCGAGAUCCAACAUAGCGGUUGCAGUUGCUUCUUCUGGAAUAGCAGCCACAUUGUUAGAAGGAUGCCGUACGGCUCAUUCAGCAUUCAAAUUACCGUUAAAUCUUCAAACUAUUGAAGAACCAACGUGUAAUAUUGCAAAACACUCAGCAAUGGCCAAAGUUUUAGCGACAUCGAAAAUCAUCAUCUGGGACGAAUGCACAAUGGCGCAUAAACGUGCAUUAGAAGCACUUAACCGAACAUUAAAAGAUUUACGCAAUGACUCGAGAUGUUUUGGAGGAGCAAUGAUUUUACUGUCUGGCGAUUUCCGCCAAAUACUGCCAGUAAUUCCAAGAUCUACGGCUGCCGACGAAAUAAACGCUUGCCUCAAAUCGUCAAAUCUAUGGCGCUAUGUGAAGAAACUGCAGCUGACAACAAACAUGACAGUUACAUUGCUUAAUGAUACAUCUGCUGAAGAUUUCUCGGAGCAAUUGCUGACUAUCGGUAAUGGUCAAGUACCUGUCGAUGAAUCGAGCGGAUUAAUAUCAUUUCCAAAUAAUUUCUGUAAUUUUGUCUCAUCAAAAGACGAACUUAUCAACAAUGUAUUUCCAAAUAUUAUUUCUAACUACAAAAAUAAUGAAUGGUUGAGUGAGCGAGCAAUUUUAGCGGCUAAGAAUAAAGAUGUAGAUGACCUGAACUACAUAAUUCAAAAUAAGAUCAUUGGAACAAUGCAUUCAUUCAAAUCUAUUGACUGCGUCACAAAUGAAGAUGAAGCCACCAACUAUCCAAUUGAAUUUUUAAACUCUUUGGACGUGCCUGGCUUACCACCGCACAAUUUACGCCUAAAGGUUGGCUCCGUAGUAAUCAUGCUUCGAAACAUAAACCAACCAAAACUGUGCAACGGUACGCGUUUGGUGGUUAGUAAAUUGAUGAACAAUGUAAUUUACGCUACGAUAAUGAUAGGAAAAUUCAAAGGUGAGGAAGUUCUCAUUCCGAGGAUCCCGAUGAUCCCAACCGAUAUGCCGUUUGAAUUUAAAAGACUUCAAUUUCCGAUACGUCUUGCAUUUGCCAUGACAAUCAACAAAUCACAAGGCCAAUCCUUAAAAGUUUGUGGUUUAAAUCUAGAACAUUCAUGUUUUUCCCAUGGUCAAUUAUACGUGGCAUGUUCACGGGUCGGAAGACCAUCUGCGUUGUUUGUUUUUGCGCCUGAUAAUAAAACAAAAAAUGUCGUGUAUCACAAGGUGCUUAAGUGAAGAGCAACCUAUGUACUAAAAUACAGAAAUAAUAAUG